AUGGCGUUGUCUUCUCGUACUUCUUGUGCUCUCCCGAUCGAAGCAAACAAUCACAAGAUUACUGUUGUCUUUGCUUUCGGUGAUUCAACUUUAGAUCUAGGGAAUAAUGAUGGAUUGACAACUCUAAUGCAUGCUGAUCACCUUUCAUAUGGUUGUGACUUCCAAGGUGGUAUCACUACUGGCCGUUUCACUAAUGGGAAGCUCGUUACGGACAUGAUCGUUUCGAGUCUAGGGAUUAAGGAUUCAGUGCCAGCCUACCUUGAUCCAAAGAUCACUAACCAUGACUUGCUCACCGGUGUCAGCUUUGCCUCUGCCGGUUCUGGAUUGGACGACAUGACUGUCGAUAUAAGUUCUAUUAUCAAAAUGUCAACUCAAUUGGUCCACUUCCAAGAAUGCAUUGCUUGAAUCUAGUCUAUAGUAGGAAAUGCCACUGCAGAUGAGAUCAUCGAGAAUGCCAUAUUCACUGUUGGUGCUACAACCAAUGAUAUGUUGUUUAACUAUUACGAUUUACCCACAAGGAGGGUGGAGUAUUCCUUGUCCGGUUACCAUGAUUUCCUUCUCAGAAAUCUUGAGACUUUUAUCUCGGUCAGUCUUUAUAGAAAUGGGGCAAGAAAGAUUACGAUAAUGGGGCUUCCAUCAGUUGGUUGUUUGCCCAUUCAAGCAACUGUGGGUACCUUUACACCGGGUCCUACCACACUAAAACAUAAGUGUGUAGAUCAACAGAAUGUAGACUCACAGGCCUACAAUGCCAAACUUCAGGGUUAUAUCACAAGGUGUGAAGCUACACUCCCUGGUGCCAAACUUGCUUAUGCGGAUAUCUGCACUCCCUUGAUGGACAUGAUUCUCUACCCCAACAAAUAUGGUUUUAGGCAUACCCUAAAAGGGUGUUGUGGGACCGGAUACGUAGAGAUGGGUCCUUUGUGCAACAGUUGGACGCCAGUUUUCUCAAACUCUUCCAAGUAUAUUUUCUUUGAUGCCAUCCAUCCAACACAAACCGCUUACCAGAAUAUUGCCGACGUCAUUCAGCAAAAUGUGCUUCCUCAUCUAGCUAAUUAG